AUGAUCGAUGACAUCCUCGUAGGCUACACAUCUGCUCAGCUCAUGGUCGCUCAAAUGAACUCUACGGCACCUGCAAGGAUCGAAAUCCAAGCCCUACGGCUGGGACAGAGUGUAUAUAUUAUCGCCAUAGCGGUCGUCAAUGGUGCCAUUGUUCUCCUCGUUAUCUUCGAAGCUAUCAGGACUCUCGGGUGGAAGAGACUCAACACUUUCGGCUAUAUAGAUCCUCAAAACUUGGUGGUUGGCGGAUUAAGGGGUGGUAGUUACCUUCAGGCUGCUUUGGAAAGUGACUCGGAUCUUGUACAUGUUAAGAUUCGGCAAAAUGGACAGUCCUUUUCGGUGCGGAAUUGGGAGAAACGGGACAGCUUGGGAUAA